CAAAAGCCAGAGGAUGACCAGAGGAUCAGAAGGAACACUGCAGUUUCUAGGUCUGAAAGUUGACCAUCAGCUUCAGAAUUGUUUUUGUUUUUGGUGGAAAAAAAGAAGUAGGCUGAAAUGAUUGGAAGUCAUAGCAGUGGUGCUCUGUUUACAGUGUUUACAGUGUUCAGGACUCUGCUGCUCCCCCUGCUGGUCGUUAGUACACCUAUUUCUCAGUCUCUGGGUCCGACAGACUGCUCUGAUGUCUAUGAUAACGGACAAACACUCAGUGGCGUGUACACAAUCUACCCUACAGCAGACACACCUGUACAGGUGUACUGUGACAUGGGAUAUUUUGGAAGCACAGCAGAAUAUGGGAAGUGGACGGUGUUUCAGAGAAGAAUGGACGGCACUGUAAAUUUCUACAGACCAUGGGAACAGUACAAGAAAGGAUUUGGGGACAAGUUGGGAGAAUACUGGCUGGGAUUGGAGAAUCUCUACCAACUCACACGGAACAGAAAGUAUGAGCUGAGGGUGGACCUGCAGGACUUUGAUGGAGUUUCAGUUUACGCUCGCUAUUCGUAUUUCUCUGUAGAAUCUGAGGCUGAUGGCUACAAGCUCCACGUUAGUGGCUUUACCAACGGAGGUGCAGGUGAUUCUCUGGCGUUAAGCAACGAGCAGAAGUUCUCUACCUUUGAUAAAGACCAGGAUUCCAUUCCACAGCAAAACUGUGCUAAAACCUACCUUGGGGCAUUUUGGUACAACAAUUGCCAUCAUGCGAACCCUAAUGGGGUUUAUCUGUGGGGAAAAGAUGGGACUCUUUUUGCCAUUGGAAAUGUUUGGUACCAUUGGAAAGGCUUCGAUUAUGGACUCAAGUCCAUCACCAUGAAGAUCAGACCUGUGUCUUAGACUCUGUGACACAUUACAGUGUUGAUAGAAUGCUGUCUUGUCAUCUGUCUUGUCGUCUGUCUUUUUCAUAUUGUCACUGUGUUUUUUUAACCAUAUAAUUUCACUGAAUAAAAUUCUUCUUUCUGGA